AUGGAAAUAGAUAAGGCUUCGACUGGGUCUGAUUCAGAUAUGUCAAUUGAACCAUUCUCAGAAGCCCAAAAUGAGCCAUCACAGCAGCCAGGAAGUCUCCUCGCUCGCUUGAAAGCUGCUAAAUUGAAGUCCCACUCACCUGAAACUACGUCCACUGCUCAUGUGAUUGCCAGAAACUGCAAAGCUUGUAACAUGGAUGCUGAGUUCAUUCCUGAAGGGAUGACGCCAUGUUCCAGGUGCAACAAGGUUUUCUACUGUUCAUCUGAUUGUAUGGAAUGGGAUUGGAAACAUGGAGAUCAUGGUAGGAAUUGUGACAAUGCAAAAACUGGACCAAUUCCAAUGGACAUUGUACAUGAUGAUCAAGUAGAUGACAUGUCCAUUGACGCUUUUGAGGAAGACGAAACACGAGCUUCAAAUGUGGAGUCUGCCACCCAACAAGCUGCAGUCAACACAGCUACAGGACUUGAUGAUACUGUUAGAUGCAAAGCAUGUGGUAUGAAUGAAGCAUAUGUGUCAGAUGGCAUGAAAACAUGCAUACACUGCCAUCUUGUUGCCUACUGCUCAAAUGAUUGCUUGGAUUGGGAUUGGUCGAGGGGCGGCCAUGUUCAUCAGUGUCGUGGCUUGUCCCACGCAGAAAGAGCAGAAGCAGAGCAGCAGCUAUCCAAAGCGGCAGCCUCACUGGAUGGCGACGACAAUCUCUCCAUCGCUGCUUUUGAAGACAACAACGACAACACAUCAACACCAGGAGAAACAACCAAUGAACAGAACUUGUCAGGGGACCUAUCACAAUCCAAAAUAUCCAACACUGAAGAAAUCAGAAAGUGCAAUGCUUGUGGAUUGGACCGAGACUAUGUUCCUGGUGGGAUGAAACCUUGCAACAAAUGUCAUGAGGUGAUAUAUUGCUCACUGGACUGUAUGGAGUGGGAUUGGGAUGAUGGAGGCCAUGAACACAAUUGCAACCCCAAAACUGAGCGUGAAAUAGCAGAACUUCAGAAGAAAGCUUUCAUUGACAAAAACAACAUGCCAAAUGAAGCAUUUCAAGAAGAAGAUGCAGGGCUGGAGAAAAGAUCUGGGGCAGAGCCCCACAAGAGCACCCCUCUCAAUUGCCAUUCAUGCAACAUCAACUCUGAGUUUGUUCCUGACCGAAUGAUCACUUGCCAGAAAUGCAAGAAUGUCCACUACUGCUCCCCUGAUUGUCAGCAGUGGCACUGGAAACAGGGUGGCCACGCAAAGGCCUGUGAGGGGAACAAUGCAGCAAGAGAAUCCAUUGUGGACGAGAAACAAGCCAGGCAGGAUUCUGACCAAGAGUCAAUUGACGACUUUAAACUCAAAUGCCAGGCAUGCGACAUGGAUGCUGCCUAUGUUUCUGCUGGGAUGAUAUCUUGCACUAAAUGUCAUGAGGCGAACUAUUGCUCAGAGGACUGUAUGGAGUGGGAUUGGGACGAUGGUGGCCACAAACACAUUUGCAAGGCCAAAACAGCACAACCAGUUCAGCAGGGUGGUGUGAUGGAAGCUCUUAAAAGAUCCAGAACAGAGGCUGCCAAGAACACUCCACUCAAGUGCCAGGCAUGCAACAUGGAUGCUGAUUUUGUUCCUGAUGGGAUGAUCCCUUGCCAGAAAUGCAAGAAGGCGCAUUACUGCUCCCCGGACUGCAGGCUGUGGCACUGGAAACAGGGUGGCCAUGCAAAGGCAUGUGAGGGGAAUCGUGGAGCCAGAGCAUCUGUUGUGGAAGAGGAGCAAGACAGGCAUGUCCCCGGUAUGGAUGAGUCCAUUCAAGCAUUUGAUCCCAAUGAACUGCCUGCCCAGAAGGGUGGAGUGAUGGAAGCUCUGAAGAGAUCCAGGGCGGAGGCUGCAAGAGCACUCCACUCAAGUGCCAGGCAUGCAACAUGGAUGCUGAGUUUGUUCCUGAUGGGAUGCUCCCUUGCCAGAAAUGCAAGAAGGACAUUACUGCUCCCCGGACUGCAGGCUGUGGCACUGGACAGGGGGAAUCGUGGAGCCAGAGCAUCUAUUGUGGAAGAAGAACAAGCCAGGCAUGAUUCUGACCAAGAGUCGAUUGAUGCCUUUGAUCCCAAUGAACUGCCUGCCCAGAAGGGUGGAGUGAUGGAAGCUCUGAAAAAAUCCAGGGCGGAGGCUGCCAAGAGCACUCCACUCAAGUGCCAGGCAUGCAACAUGGAUGCUGAGUUUGUUCCUGAAGGCAUGUUGGACUGUGACUGUCACAAUGUGAAGUACUGUUCUCCUGAUUGUCAGCAGUGGCACUGGAGGAUACACAAGAAUUCUUGCAGGGGGAGUCAUAGGCUGGAUCAAAGAUUCCACAAAAGUGAUGAUUUGGGUGAUGAGGAUUCAAUUGAACCAUUUGAUCUCGAAGAGCAAAAUCAGUUGCAGGGUGGAGCUUUGGCAGCCCUCCGGAGAUUGAGAGCUCAGAAUUCCAAGAAUCACCAUUCUUCUGCAACAAGCUCUUCGUCUGUUCUUGGCUCGUCCAAGAAUGCUUCGGUGGUGUCUGAUCUUAGUGGCUCCAAGAGUGCUUCAGUUGUGUCGGAUUACAGUGGUUCUAAAACUACUGCUUCAUCAGUACAAAGUGAGUCAAGUGAGAGUGAUGAAGCAGAAGAACUGGUGUGUCAGACAUGUGGAAUGGAAGAGGCGUUUGUUGAAGAUGCCAUGAAAGCUUGUCCCUCCUGCUCGAAAGUUCACUACUGCUCUGACGAUUGCCUGGAAUGGGAUUGGAGCAAUGGUGGACACAAGGAUAUCUGUGUAGGACUUCACCCAGAGUUGGACGAAACUUCAGUUCCAAGUGAAGUUGUGGAUGAAAGGAGCAGUAAUUCAAAAGCUCAGGUCAGAUGUUCUGCCUGCAGCAUGGAAUCUGAGUUUGUUCCCGAAGGUAUGCUGAGCUGUGACUGUGACAAUGUGACGUAUUGCUCCCCAGACUGCCAGCAGUGGCACUGGAGGAUACACAAGAGUGCUUGCAGGGGAAGUCACAAGAUUGACAAGAUGGACCAAGCACUUGGCAGAGAAGUACCCCUGUCUGAUGAUGAAUCUGUUGAACCAUUUGAUCCCAACCAACAACCUGGCAAGCAAGGCACUCCAGGUGUCCUGGCAGCUAUUGCAGCUUCCAAAGCACAGACUGCCAAAGCCAGUGUCAAAUGUUCUGCCUGUAGCAUGGACUCUGAGUUUGUUCCUGAAGGCAUGCUGAGCUGUGACUGCAACAAUGUGAGGUAUUGCUCGCCAGACUGUCAACAGUGGCACUGGAGAUUGCACAAGAGUACUUGCAAGGGAAGUCACAAGAUGGAUCAAGCACCUGGCAGAGAAGAACCCCUUUCUGAUGAUGAAUCAAUUGAAGCUUUUGAUCCCAACCAACAACAGACCAACCAAGGCACUUCACUGGCAGCCCUACGAAGACUGAAGACACAGAGCUCCAAAAGCCAAUACUCUUCUCGAACAAACUCUUCGUCUGUUCUUGGUGCCUCCAAAAAUGCAUCCCUUGCAUCUGAUCUCAGUGGGUCCAAGAAUGAAUCUAUUGAAACUGAUCUUAGUGUAUCCAAGGCAUCUGCUUCAUCAGUCCAGAGUGAGUCAAGUGGGUUGGAAGAGGUAGAAGAACUUGUGUGCCAGGCAUGUGGCAUGGAAGAAGCUUUUGUUGAAGAUGCAAUGAAAGCUUGUCCCUCCUGUUCGAAAGUUCAUUACUGCUCUGAGGAAUGCCUAGAAUGGGAUUGGAGCAAUGGUGGACACAAGGAUGCCUGUGUCGGACUUCACCCAGAGUUGGACGAGACUACAGUUCAAAGUGAAGUUGUGGAUGAACGUGCCAGUGUUAUGAAAUCUCAUGUCAAAUGUUCUGCAUGUUGUAUGGAUUCUGAGUAUGUACCGGAAGGCAUGUUGAGCUGUGACUGUGACAAUGUGAAGUAUUGCUCGCCGGACUGCCAACAGUGGCACUGGAGGAUACACAAGGCUUCCUGUAAGGGAAGCCACAGGACGGAUCAAACACCUGGCAGAGCAGACCCCCUGUCUGAUGAUGAAUCUGUUGAACCUUUUGAUCCGGACCAACCUAGAAACCAAGGCACUUCGGGUGUCUUAGCAGCUAUUGCAGCUUCCAAAGCACAGACUGCCAAAGCUAGCGUCAAAUGUUCUUCCUGCGGUACAGAUUCUGAGUUUGUGCCGGAAGGCAUGCUGAGCUGUGACUGCAACAAUGUGAAGUAUUGCUCACCAGACUGCCAGCAAUGGCACUGGAGGAUACACAAGACUACUUGUAGCGGAAGUCACAAAUUGGAUGAAACUGCCAAAAGUUCAGGAAGGAGGCAGGACUCUGAUACUGAGUCCUCAUAUGCAUCAAUUGAACCCUUUGAUGACAAGGGGGGAAAGAAUGCAGGUACUAUUGGUGCAGUUGCCGUGGAACCGGCAACUGCUGUGGAAUCAGCAACGAAAGAUGAGUCAGACUCGUCAUUUGCAUCAAGUGAACCCUCUGAUGCCAAGAAGAUAAAGCGAGCUGGUGCCAUUGGUGCUGUUGCUGCUUCCACAGCAGUUGCUACACAAGUUGCUAUGAAAGAUCAGUCAGACUCCUCAUAUGCGUCAAGUGAACCAUUUGAUGCAAAGGAAGAAAAGCAAGCAGGUGCCAUUGCUGCAGUUGCUGCAUCCACAGCAGUUGCUGCACAAUCAGGUACAAGAGAUGAGGUUGCUGUCGAGUCUGCCAAACUGCCGCGAGAUUCUUUGUCUUUGGAAGGCUCAUUGAAGAGUUCCUCGGUCACUCAAAUGUCACACUUUGAGGUAGAAGAAAUGCAAGAGCCUACACAAAGAUUUCGAACUUAUCGUGAACUUCUUUUCACAGCUGUAUCUGAAGUUAUGGUGCCUUUUGUGGAAAAAAUGGGCAAUAGCAUUAUGUCCUCCAAUGAAGAAACCAAACCUAUGCUUGUUGGAGAUAUUGAGUCUGGAUCUGCGAGCAGUGACAGCGAUAGUACCAGCUUUGCGAGUGCUGUGCAAUCUUCCGAUGAUGACAGCGAGCUGUCCACAAAGCUCCAACAAUAUCUUGCUAAGAACACGAGUGGAGCAGUGCAGCUUGGUGUCCCCACGGAUGAUGGAGUGCUGCCGACGUUUGUGGAUUCAUCGAGAAUGGAAUCGGCUGCUCCCACUCCUUCUGCUUUGAUGAGCAUUGGAAAACAGGAGAAGCCACCUUCCAACCCCUCCGAGAAGCCGCAAAAUCAGCAGGGUUCUAGCAUUGCUCCCGUGCCACUUGCUCCGGUCGUAAGCAAUCUGGCUCCCCCAAGCGACAUCGAAAGCGCGGAUUCUGACAGGGGAAAUUCCGCUCAACUACAUGCGCCAUUGCCUGUUGACCGCAGGAAGUUAUUCAGAGAGCGUUGCAUCAAGAUCCAACUUGUCCUGAUCACUGCUGCGUUCUGUAUUAUGCUUGGCUUUUUGAUCCGGCUUGGUCCCCACGACCAUGAAGACGACCAACCGUCCGUUCCAGCUACCCCGAGACCAAUUGCUCCGGUGGCCACUAUCCCCACGGUGACUCCGUCGCCGCAAGUCCCCACGAUUCCGCCCUCCACACUUCCGCCUUCCAAUUUACCUCCUACUGUGGCCCCAACCACCGAAAUAUCAGCACCUCCAACUUCGCUCUUCCCAGUAGACGAAUUGUUCACUUUCCUUGUAUCCAUGUCAUUUGAUAAUGGCGAAACUCUAAACGAAGUUGGUUCACCACAGGAUCUUGCUUACGAAUGGAUGCUGUCAGAUCCAACUUUGGGAGAGUACUCGAGUGACAGGAUCUUGCAACGUUUCGCCUUGGCGACCUUUUACUAUAGCACCGGCGGAGAUGCAUGGGAAGAGAACAAUCUCUGGUUGACAUACACGGACGAAUGCAAAUGGUUUUCACGAACAGCGAGCUAUCCUGUUUGUAAAUCAAAUCAAAUGGUCACACUUGAGCUUGAUUUCAACAAUCUCCAAGGCUCUCUCCCUGCAGAUCUUGCUUUGUUGAGCAGGCUCGAAAGAGUUGAACUAAGUGGAGGGCCUGAUGUAUAUCUCUCAGGCCAGGUGCCGUCCGAGCUUGGACUAUUGACAAGCCUCGAUUCCUUCAGUCUUCGAGGCAAUCAGUUGAGUGGAUCGGUUCCCUCAGAGCUCGGGCAAUGGAGCUUGGUCCGGACUUUGAAUCUUAGUCUUAACCGAUUCGGAGGGAAAGUUCCGUCAGAGAUAGGUCGUCUGGCAAGGCUCAGCGAAAUCUUCUUGGGGACGAAUGCGUUUUCCGGCCCUCUCCCUUCUGACAUCGGGGAGGCCACGAAGCUGUUUCGGUUGUCGCUUGGAGCAAAUCAAUUCUCAGGUGCUUUGCCAACGGAAGUUGGAAAGCUCAGUGAGCUCCGGUACAUCUAUAUGGAAACAAAUCGGGUAUCUUCUAUCCCAAGCGAAAUCGGGUUGCUGGAAAACCUUAUCGUUUUGGCAAUGUUCGAGAAUUCUUUGGCAAAUGCUCUUCCCACAGAGAUUGGCGAACUCAGUGAGCUCAGGAGCUUGCUGCUCGGUAACAAUUCCUUGAGUUCCAGUAUACCUUCUGACAUUGGAAAGCUAGGAGCUCAGCUCGGCAACCUAGACUUGUCUUCCAACAGCUUGAUCGGGGCUAUUCCCUCGGAACUUGGCCUCCUGGGUCUCCUCCGUACCCUUGAGCUGCAAGACAACAAGCUCUCUGGAACUGUUCCCAAUGAGCUGGCUGCUUUAGGGCGACUGAAUACCAUCCGGUUGGAUUCCAAUGACCUUACUGGGGAGGUCCCUAUGCCUGUUUGCGAAUCAUUCUCUUCCUCUCUUCCACUCUUCUAUGCUGACUGUCCCAAUGAGAUUGAAUGCGAUUGCUGCACCUACUGUUGCUCUGACGAUCUGUGCACUUGCGUCCAUACUGGAACGGAGAUGGACUUCUUGUGCUAG